AUGGACUCUCCAACACUCGGCAACCCAGCGCUCCAGCGAAGAAGCAGCCGCUCAAUGCACAAGGAAAUGUUCAAAAAACAUGUUAACUUCUCUCGCCCUGUUGUCGCUCGGUCUUCUGCUGGAGUAGUCUACGCACAGGAACGCCACUCCGAAGAACGCCACGUCAAAGCAGUACAAGCUUACUAUGAACCCGAAUCCGUCCUGCCGACCUGGCCCGAAGAACCGCGCUUCUCCCUGGACUCAGAUCCUGGCCUUAACCAGGCUCUUGGUGAUAGCGGUCACCUGAGACGUAUCGAAACACAGGAACUAGCCUGGGAUGGCGAGCGCGGUGAGAUGGUGUCCCGGCGGAGGCUGCCUUCUCGGAUAGAGGAACAGCGGCAUCCAGGAUUGGGCAUUCGCAAGAACAGCAGUACAAGCAGCAGUUCCAAACUCAGCACGAGCCACAGUAGCGAUGGUGACACCAUCACGACCGAUAGAUCUGGAAGUACCCAAAGAUCUGGAAGCCUUCAACCGGUAGUUCCGAUCAAGAGUAUCCUGAAAAAGACUGAAGUGGAACAGUAUAGUGAGCACGGCAGUGAGGCUGGAGGAAGCACCACUACCUACAAAACAGGCUCUGAGACCAGCAGUGGGACCUACGAUAGGCAAGGGAACUGGCACAGCAGCGAUGUCGACACAAGCUGCUUAAGUGAGAAAGAACUAAAACGCCUUGAGCGCAAGGGCAUUAAUCCAAGUUUGUAUAUUGAGAUGAAGAAAGCACGAGGAAACUCACGAUUCGGUGCACUCACCGGAAACAGUUUUAUUGGUUAGCA